AUGGCAUUUCAGAGGGCAAUCAUCCUAGCUAGCCGAGGAGGGCCUUUGACUCUUACUGCAAAACACCCAGUUACUGAACCACAAGAAAGGCAGCUUCAGAUCAAAGUGACGGUCACCGCUUUGAAUGGCCAUGACCAGAAGAUUCGCGACCUAGGGAUCUUCAUAGAUCGGAUUGGGUUGCCAGCCGUCCUCGGAAACGAUGUCGUGGGAAGAGUUGUCAAGCAAGGGUCUAGAAUUACAAGAUUCAAAGAGGGUGAUCGAAUCCUGAGUCAAGCCGAUUUCAGUCGUGGAACACCUCAGAAUGGAUUGCAGGACUAUGCUGUAUUUGAUGAGGAUUUCGCCAUCAAGAUACCUGAAAAUACCAGCGACGACGACGCAGCUACCUUACCAACUAACGUCAUUGCUUCACUGGUAGCACUAUUUCAUGAUUUACCGAUUCCGGCUCCAUGGACACCUCAGGCAAAAACCUUUGAUUACAAAGGGUCGAGUUUACUGGUAGUUGGAGGUGGUAGUAUCGCAGGGCGGUAUGCAGUUCAGCUCGCACGACUUGCAGGUAUCGGCCGAAUUAUCGUGAUUGGCGGCGCACAAGAGGAGCUGAAACAAUAUGGAGCAACACACGUUCUUGAUCGCCACCUAGAUCGAGAUCGUCUCUUGAGUCAGGUUCGUGCUGUCGUCCAAGACGAGCUCAUCUACGCUUUUGACGCCGUGAACUUUCCGGAUGGUCAAAUCCUGGCGCUCGACGCAUUAUCUACAUCCAAGAAGGGCUAUCUGGCGAGAUUGAUCCCUAUGCCUAUCGAUCAGAGCAAAGUCAAGAACAAGAACGCCGUAUUCGAGCUCAAGAACACACUGGGCAUCUCCAGCGAGCAUCCGGGCUUGUGCAUUGAGUUCUGGAAAAGGCUGGAGGGUUAUCUGGAGCAGCGCAUCAUAAUCCCCGUGCAGGGUUACCGGAUUCUGAACGGAUUAUCAGUUGAUACAAUCAGCGAGACACUCGAUUCGUUCAGAGACAGCCAGAUUUUGAAGCACGUGCAUUUUCACCACUAG